AGGGUUGGAGAAGGAAAAUCCUGUCUGAGUCACCGGUGAUGCUGUCACCUCCGCGAUGACAAAACAAUAUAAACAGGACUCGCAUCACCCACAGCAUCCACAUCCAUCAGGGACGCACAUAAACACAUCUCUCUCUCUCUCUCUCUGGGGACACAAAAAAGAGGACGGCACAAUGGAUUUUCGUUUGGUGACUUUUGCGGCUCUCUGUGUGUUUUUCACCGCAGCAUCAAGCGCUCCGGUCAGGGAUGUGCGCUCCUCUGCGCAGCAGGACGCGUGCACUGAGGUGAAGAUCAGCUCUCUGGAUCUUAAUCACUAUGCCAAACUCGCAUCAGUGAAGGCAAGAAACGGGUCAACAGACUUGGCAGCUGUCUCCAGCUCCCUUGUCUGGAUGGAGGCAAAAGACAUGUGUGAUCCAGAGAGCCUCAAACACAAGCCCAUGCCUUGUGUUAGUAAGAUCUUCACUGUCCUGACGAGCUACAGCUCUGCAGUGGAGAUGAUUUCUGCAUUUGACAGCUGCUCUGAAUUCACCAGCAUUGUGAAGCCAGCUCUGAGGAAACUGCACAGAGACAUGAGCAAGUGUGUGAGGUCCCUCGGAGGAAAGCACGAGAAGGAGCCCCAUGUGAGCAAAGUGGAGCCUGAAGCGGUUGACCAGUGGAAGGAGGCUUUUCUGUGCCACUACGUGCUGGACAGAGUCUUCUCCUUCUCCAUCCUCGCUGCUCGAGUCUUUGCUGUUGGUCAUCCAGCUCAUCAUGAUGAAGGCUCCAGUCAGAAGUGCUGGUAGAGCCUGAAACAUCUAAAUGUUUGUUGGUGUGCAGCUGAUCGGGUGAUGUCACUGAUCAAAGCAUGCAGUGCAGUUUCCUGUUGCUGACAGUCUAAACAACAAUGUUUCAACUCCAGCUCCAUGAAGUCAUGGAAGAGUGUAUUUCCCAUGGAACAGUUUUUAUUUAUUUCACAAACAAUAUUUAUUAUAUUUAUUUGGUAUUUAUAAAAUCUGUUUGUUUUGGUGUUUUUAUAUUUUUCAAUUUUAUGAGAAAAAGAAUUUAUAAUAAAACAAGACAGAACAUAUGAGUUAUAAUGUGUUUCCUCCAUCAUCAUGCUUUUGGUUGAUUGUUUUUUGUUUUUUUUUAAUCCUGAAUAAUUAAUCGUUAUGCACCGAGGAAAGUUAUACAUUUACCUGCACUGAGGAACUAUCCUUUUUGAAAUGAAUAUAAUGAAUUAAUUAAAACAAUAUAGCAUGCCGGCAUAAGAAGGAAGUU